UUCUCUUGCCAUUAGUGCCAUGUGAUGUGAGCUCUCAACUUGUUAAUCAAAAAUAAAGACUGCUUUAUCAUCCAUCGCGUUCGAUCUACUAUUCAAUCGUUGACUCUCACAAUCUCAAUUGCACGUACAGCUCCAUAUGUACACAGUACACAUCUGUGAUCUAAACAAGCUAGCCCCUACCCAGAAAAACAGCUCCUCUGCCUUUGAUAUAUCAUAAACUGACCGAGGAGAGUUUCAGCUAGUCUUUGUUUUCAUUUGUAUUCUGUGUUGAGUAAUCCUCUCUGCAAGCUUGAUGUAGUCUCUUCAUUAUUGCUCAACUUCUCAGAUUCAAAAAGCCAACCAAAACCAUAAGACAAAAAUUGUUCCCUUUAGAUUUCCACCUUUAUCCCUUGAUUUGUGUUAUUUUCAUCUUUGUUUUGCUUUUGCUUUGCAAGUUCAUUCCCAAAUUACCAGAUAAAGAAAAUAACUUCAUUUAUUUUCGUAGUCAUACUCUCUGUUGAGUCUGUUCUUUUUCGAGAGGUACCGUACGUAUACUUGGUAGUGAGCAAAUACUUGAAGAGCAGCGAGUUUUAUUCCCAAGUCAUAACUCCACAACAAAAUACCAAGACAUACGAUCGAGAAGAACCGUAGGUAUUCACACUCAAAGUACGAACCCAGUGAAGAAAUUUGAAGAGCAACGAGUUUCAUUCCCAGUUGAUCACAACUCCAUAACCAAAUAACAAGACAUACAAGGAAUGGAUUGUCUUUGUGCAAUUGGUAACGGGGUUGUUGGAAAAAUAGCCGAGUACACGGUUGAACCCUUUGGACGUCUAGUGGGACGCCAAGUGGGUUAUCUAAUCCACUACAACAAGAAUCUUCAAACUCUAAUGACUCAAGUGAAGAAUUUGAGCGUCGCCAGAGAUAGAGUAAAGCAACAGGUUGAUGAAGCUGAUAGAAGAGGUGAGAAAAUCCAUAAGGAUGUCCAAAAAUGGCUCGAAGAAGUGGCUCAGAUCAUGAAAGACACAGAAGAAUUCUUGAAGGGAAAAUGCCAAGCAACUGGAGAGCCAAACGAAGUCUUGAAGGAUGAAGGCCAAGCAAAUGAAGAGCCAAACGAAGUCUUGAAAGAUGAACGUCAAGGAAAGCUGAAGCGUCUCCAUCAAUUUUGUCCUAAUCCGAGACUUCGUUAUCAACUAAGCAGAAAGUCAACAAAAUUGGUGGAGGCUGUGGAUGAACUCUACAAAAGAAAAGACUUCUCUAGUGUUUCAUACAGUGUUCGCCCACAAGAGGUAUGUGUCAUAUCUGAUGAAGAUUAUGAGGCAUUUGAUUCAAGGAUUUCAACUUUGAAUAAAAUCAUGGAUGAAUUGAGAAGUUCCAGUGCCGACAUGAUUCUAGUGUAUGGUAUUGGGGGUGUGGGUAAGACCACACUAGUGGAAGAAGUUCUCAGGCAAGUUAAGAAAGAUCUGUUUGAUGAUGCAGUCAUGGUACGAGAUGUGAAAAUUCCAAACUUGGAACCAAUUCAAAAGGAAAUUGCUGAAAAGUUAGGUCUUGGAGUUUUGUCAGACGAGACUAUCGCCGGAAGAGCCAAUAAAAUAUGUGAAAGAAUAAAAGACAAGAAGACUCUUGUGAUUUUGGAUGAUGUCUGGGAAGCAAUUGACUUGAAAACUCUCGGGCUUCCCCAUAUACCUACUUGUAAAAUACUGCUGACCUCUAGAACUCGAAAGGUAUUAACUUCUGGUAAGAUUAAGCAGAGAGAGUUUCAGCUUAGCAUUUUAGGCCAAGAUGAAACUUGGCUUUUAUUUGAGAAGAAAGCAGGUGAUGUUACUAAAGAUCCCGCUAUAAAAUCCUUAGCAACUCAAGUAGCCCUAAGAUGUGGAGGUUUGCCUGUUUUGGUUAUCACAGUAGCAAGAGCUUUAGAAAGUAGUUCUUUACCAAUGUGGGAAGAUGCCCUGAGAUGCCUUGUCAGCUUUGAUGAGAAAGAAGACUUAACAAAAAAAGCUUACUCGGGUCUUGAAUGGAGUUACACUCGAUUGAAUGAGCAGCUUAAGCCAUUGUUCUUGUUGUGUGGUACUACUAUACAGGGGAACUCUAUUUCUUUGACGAACUUAUUGAAAUAUAGUAUGGGUUUGGGUUUUUUUAAAGACCUUACAGUUGAAGCAGCUCGAAAUGCAUUGUACACACAAGUUGAUAAACUUAAGAGUUCUUGUCUAUUGCUAGACGGAGAUGAUAAUACAUGUGUCAGAAUGCAUGAUCUUGUACAUGAUGUUGCUAUAUCCGGAUUGCAUCUAAGGAUCCACACGUCCUCGUAAAAGAUGGAGUUGAUCAGUUGAAAGAAUGGCCAG